AUGACGUCACACCUUCCCUUCGGAAGGCAUGAUGACGUCACACCUUCCCUUCGGAAGGCUCCCUUCCGAAGCUUGGAAGGAGACCUCGCGAUGACGUCACACCUUCCCUUCGGAAGGCAUGAUGACGUCACACCUUCCCUUCUGAAGGCUCCCUUCCGAAGCUUGGAAGGAGACCUCACGAUGACGUCACACCUUCCCUUCGGAAGGCUCCCUUCCGAAGCUUGGAAGGAGACCUCGCAAUGA